GUUCCGGUAGCUGACGUGUGCCCGGGCAAGCAAAGCUAGUUGCUAAAAACAAAACGGAGUGAUUUUCGUCGGUCAGUUGGUGAAUGUAAUGUCUCUUUAUCGCUCCACAUUUGUGUUGUGGUUGUUCCGUAAAUGAUGACACGAACACGUAAAGUGUCUCGGGUUGAUUGAGUGAGUUUACAGUCAGUUCUCUGGCGGGUUAGUAGCCACUUCUUGUCGGCGUGGUGACCCUCUGAAAGUCCCCCGCUGCCGCUGCUGCUCCAGGAGCCAUGGAGGCUCCGUCCUCUCGUCUGCCUGCCUCUCCCGGUGCUCCGCUCAAGCUGGCGGCCAGAAGAGACUCCUCAGCCGGGGAGGCAGAUUCUGAUUCUACUCGGGAAAUUAAAAGACACUUUCGCGUGUGUCGCUUCAUUAUGGAGACAGGCGUGAAGCUGGGAAUGUGCUCAGUGCCCGUGGCCACAGCGUGUGUGCUGUAUCACCGCUUCUUUAAACGUGUCAACCUGGCUGCGUAUGAACCUUACCUGGUGGCUAUGAGCUGUCUGUACCUGGCUGGCAAAGUGGAAGAGCAACACAUUAGGACCCGUGACAUCAUCAACGUAAGCCACAGGUAUUUCAACAGUGGCAGUGCUCCUCUAGAAUGUGAUAAGGAAUUCUGGGAGUUGAGGGACAGCGUGGUGCAGUGUGAGCUCGUCAUUCUCCGGCAGCUCAACUUCCAAGUCUCCUUUGAACACCCUCACAAGUAUUUACUGCACUACCUGUUGUCCGUGAAGUCUCUGGUGAACCGUCACGCUUGGUAUCGAACCCCUGUCGCCGAGACUUCCUGGGCGUUGCUUAGAGACUUUUACCACGGAGCCAUGUGCAUCCACCACACAGCCCAACACAUCGCCAUAGCGAUGGUCUACCUGGCUAUAAACAGCUACGGAGUGGAGCUUCCUGACGGGGAGAAACAGUGGUGGCAGGUGCUGUGUGACGACGUGACUAAAGCGGACAUCGACGCUGUGAUCUCAGAUCUCCUUCAACUCUAUGACAUGGAGGCUAAGUGUAUCUAAUGGACACACCAUGGACACAGGAGACACAUAAGGGUUGUUCACACACACGACUAUAAAGCCGAAAUGAAAACGCCGCUAUGAGGCUGAGUUGGCCCUGAACCGUAGUUUAAGUUUAAUUUUCUGCAAUUUAUUAAACAAAAUGAUCACUGACAAACGCUAACAGAUGAAAAUGAAUAUUAUGAUACAAAAAAACUAAUAUUUAUAACGAAUAUUAAUGGUAUAAAGUGCCAAACUCGCCAUGUGCACGUGAACACCACACCUUCAAAAACCUGAAAUCUAAAUGAAACUAAGGUUUUAGUCUGAGCUGUGAAAUAAAAUAAUAAUAACUCUUGUGCACUACUGAUUCCUGCCACCUGGGGGAGUCAUGCGCUGCAUCUCUGGUGUCCGACGUCUCAGCUCUGUAAAAUACUGAUGUGCUCCAUCAUCAUGCAUCAUUUCAGGACCAGUCAUCUCUUCACACACACAUACAUUCUAAUUUCAAAUGCCACCACUUGGGUUGGAUUGGUUAAUCUUAAAUCUCUCGUCCAAUUAUAAAUAAUUCACCAAUAUAUUCUAAUGAAAGAAAGACAGAAGAACACAAGAGAUACAUUAGCAUCAGUCGGAUAUCUUGUUAUUAGAUCCUUACACGAGUCUUCAUCUGAAUAAAACAGAUUUUAGCCACACGGCCAAUCUAAUCUAAUCUAAUCUUCAUUAGGUUAAGUGUGCAACAUGUUAUCAAUAUGUUUCCACUUAUCUCUGGCUCUGUUGACAAGAUAAACAUCGUUCCCACAGGUAUUUAAAGAAAUCCUUGAAAGAAAAUAUUCAAGGCCCUUGAAAGUUUUUGAGAGUGCUUGAAAUAAACAUAGUUGAGUGUAAGUGCUCGAAUUUUGUGCAAGAAAGAAGUUGAUAUUUAGGUCAAUGACUCAAUUAUUUGUUAGGGCGCCACCCACUGUUUCAUGCCCUGCAUUGCUUGACGUACGUAGGCCUACGCAGAACAAACGUGGAGUCUUAAUUACCAGUGGUGUAGAACAGCGGUGCUGUGGCAGCACAUUGAGUCCUUGCAUUUUAGGGAAUGUCAACCAUGCUGUAGGAACCCGGGAUAAAUCAGUGACUAUAAUUUGUAACACACUUAAAAAAAAAACCCUGAGCUAUUCCUUUAAGUUCUGAAUAUGUGAUUAGUAUCUUGCGGCUUAAAUCUACAUAAUAACAUGGAAAAUUAGAUUUUAUUCACUGGCUACUGAUCAUGUGCUUAACUUUUAAAACAUGUACAGUAAAUCAUCCUGACGCCGCAUAUGGUCGCAUAAAAACUAUACUCCAAUGUGACUUCAUUAAUUGGCUUAAUGGCCUCGUCCUCCCCGGUGUCGUUUGUCAUUUUGAUGACUGUGGAACAUUAGGCAGAUAAAGUCCCGUGUGUUUAUUUACAGUGCUGUCAUUUCCACAGAUCUUUUAGUGGAUUAGUUAAAAGACAGUUUAUAAUCUUUGGAUUACGACCAAGCAGACGGGGAAACGCGCAGGGACUCGGUUUAUAAUGUGUGAUUUAUGUUUCUUAUUCUUUUGGCCUUUGAACAGCAUCAUUCUAAAAGGCAAAGACGGAUUUUGAUUGCAUUUUGUUUUUGGUGAUGACUAAGUUAGAAAAACAGAACUCACUAAAAAUGGACUUUGUCAUUAUCUGCUCGAUUUAAAAAGAAACCUGGGACUUAGAGAUGAGCUUUUUCAUGGAUUCAUUCAUGUUUUGUUGCCUUUGCUCUUACUCUGCACAUGUACACACACACACACACACACACACACACACAC